AUGCACCCAACAUUUAUAUUCCUCAUUUUUGUGUUGUUGUUAACCACUUUGCCUCAAUCCCGCUGUCAACCCAAUGAUCCAGUUUGUGGGCAACAGCCUUACAACUGUGGAUCACUGUCCAACAUCUCAUACCCUUUCUGGGGUCUCAACAGACCCAGUUUUUGUGGCGGGGGUGACUCAUUCAACCUCAAAUGUCACGCCAACGAUGCUACUACUUCAAUUCAAAUUGGUUCACAAAAUUUCACAGUGAAGGAGAUCAACAUCACCUUUCAAACCAUGAGAGUGGUGCGACCAGACCUUGUCCUAAAUGUUUGUUCUCCGCAUGUUAACAACACUGGUCUGGGUUCUAGUUUGUUCAAGUACGGUUCUUCAGUGUACAACAUCACCAUCUUUUACAACUGUUCCUUAUCUCUAGACGCCUCUUUUGGACACUUCUCGUGUGGAAAUGAGAUUACUAUCUUUCGUGACGGUCCGCAAGAUGAGCUGCUGAGAAAAUUUCCAUGGAUUGCGAGAUGCAGGCGAUACGUGGAAGUUCCGGUGGAUGUUCCUUAUGAUAACAGUGGUGGACUUGAUUUUCUGCAACAAGCUUUCGACAGCGGGUUUCCAAUAAACUAUACUGUUCUCAACAAUCCGAAAAGUGUUACAGGUGCAACAGUUGCAGGAUUGUUGAUAUGUAUUGCAAUUUUCUAUAUAAGAUAUAGGUCAUCAAACUGUAAAGGAGAUUUUGGGUUGGCUACAAAGAGUAACAAAAAUAUUGAAGCGUUCCUGCAAAAUCAGGGUGCUCUGACCCUAAAAAGAUACAAGUUAUCAGAUGUGAAGAAAAUGACCAACAACUUCAAAGUUAAAUUGGGACAAGGUGGUUUUGGUAUCGUGUACCAAGGAAAGCUAUCUAAUGGUAGUCCUGUAGCUAUAAAGAUGUUGAAUGAAGCAAAAAAUAAUGGUGAAGAUUUUAUCAAUGAGGUUGCUAGCAUCAGCAGAACUUCUCAUAUUAAUGUUGUCACUCUUCUUGGAUUCUGUUUGGAAGGCCGCAAGAGGGCUCUCAUAUAUGAAUUUAUGUCCAAUGGUUCCCUUGACAAGUUCAUUUAUAGAAAAGGACCAGAAGCGAUUGCACCCUUGAGUUGGGACAAUAUAUAUCAAAUUGCAAUGGGUAUAGCUAGAGGAUUAGAAUAUUUGCAUAUAGGAUGUAACACUCGAAUUUUGCAUUUUGAUAUAAAACCACAUAACAUUCUUUUGGAUGACAAUCUUUGUCCCAAGAUAUCAGAUUUCGGACUAGCAAAACUCUGUCCAAGAAAUGAAAGCAUUAUAUCUAUGUCAGAUGCUAGAGGAACAAUGGGGUAUGUAGCACCAGAAGUGUUGAAUAGACAUUUUGCAGGAGUUUCACACAAGUCCGACGUUUAUAGCUAUGGAAUGAUGCUUCUAGAAAUGGUAGGAGGGAGGAAGAACAUUAAUGCUGACGCCAGUCACACAAGUGAAAUAUACUUCCCUCAUUGGAUAUACAAGAGGCUCGAAUUGGAUACUGAUUUGAGACUAGAAGAGGAGAUUAUGCCAGAAAAAAAGGAGAUAGUAAAGAGAUUGAUCAUAGUAGGUUUAUGGUGCAUUCAAACCUUUCCAAAUGGUAGACCUACAAUGAGUAGAGUGAUAGAUAUGUUAGAAGCCAACAUGAAUUCCCUAGAAAUCCCACCAAAACCUUUGCUUUCUUCUCCUACUACAUCACUACCAGAAUCUUCCAUUUCUUGA